CAUUACCACCCACCCCUCUAUUUACUCUUUUCCAGGCCAAGUUCCUCCCCAACAGUGGUGACUCCACUCUGGCUAUGUGUGCCCGCGACGGGCAGGUCCGGGUGGCCGAACUCUCUGCCACCCAGUGCUGUAAAAACACCAAACGUGUGGCACAGCACAAAGGAGCUUCACAUAAGCUGGCCCUAGAACCGGAUUCUCCAUGCACUUUCCUAUCAGCAGGUGAAGAUGCUGUAGUCUUCACCAUCGAUCUGAGACAAGACCGACCCGCCUCGAAACUGGUUGUGACAAAGGAAAAGGAGAAGAAAGUGGGUCUGUACACCAUCUACGUGAACCCAGCCAACACCUACCAGUUUGCUGUGGGAGGCAGAGAUCAGUUUGUCAGGAUUUAUGACCAGAGGAAAAUAGAUGAGAACGAGAACAACGGCGUGCUGAAGAAGUUCUGCCCUCACCAUUUGGUGAACAGUGAAUCCAAAGCCAACAUCACCUGCCUCGUCUACAGCCACGAUGGCUCAGAGCUGUUGGCCAGUUACAACGACGAGGACAUUUAUCUCUUCAACUCCUCUCACAGCGACGGAGCGGAGUACAUCAAGAGAUACAAGGGACAUCGUAACAAUGCCACUGUGAAAGGUGUCAAUUUUUAUGGCCCAAAGAGUGAAUUUGUGGUGAGCGGCAGCGAUUGUGGUCACAUCUUCCUGUGGGAGAAAUCGUCCUGCCAGAUCGUGCAGUUCAUGGAGGGUGACAAGGGAGGAGUGGUGAACUGCUUGGAGCCC